AUGGGUUGUGGCAUGAGCACUGAGGAUAAGGAGGGGAAGGCGCGGAACGAGGAGAUUGAGAACCAGCUCAAGCGCGACAAGAUGCUGCAAAGGAAUGAGAUUAAGAUGCUGCUGCUCGGUGCUGGAGAGUCUGGUAAAUCCACCAUUCUCAAGCAGAUGAAGCUCAUUCACGAGGGCGGUUACUCGCGCGACGAGCGUGAGUCGUUUAAGGAAAUUAUCUACAGCAACACUGUCCAGUCCAUGCGGGUGAUCCUGGAGGCUAUGGAGUCUCUCGAGCUGCCCCUGGAGGAUGCGCGCAAUGAGUACCACGUCCAGACUAUCUUUAUGCAGCCCGCUCAGAUUGAGGGUGAUAGUAUCCCCCCAGAGGUUGGCAAUGCUAUCGGUGCUCUGUGGCGCGACACUGGUGUGCAGGACUGCUUCAAGCGUUCGCGUGAAUACCAGCUGAACGACUCUGCCAAAUAUUACUUCGAUGCUGUUGACCGCAUUGCUCAGCCCGACUACCUCCCCACUGACCAGGAUGUCCUCCGCUCGCGUGUCAAGACCACUGGUAUCACCGAGACCACCUUCAUCAUUGGCGAUCUGACCUACCGCAUGUUCGAUGUCGGUGGUCAGCGAUCCGAGCGUAAGAAGUGGAUUCACUGCUUCGAGAACGUCACCACUAUUCUCUUCCUGGUCGCCAUCUCCGAGUACGACCAGUUGUUGUUCGAGGAUGAGACUGUCAACCGUAUGCAAGAAGCGCUCACCCUGUUCGACUCUAUCUGCAACUCGCGCUGGUUCGUCAAGACCUCGAUCAUUCUCUUCCUCAACAAGAUCGACCGCUUCAAGGAGAAGCUGCCCGUCAGCCCUAUGAAGAACUACUUCCCCGACUACGAGGGUGGUGCCGACUACGCUGCCGCCUGCGACUACAUCCUCAACCGCUUCGUGUCUUUGAACCAGGCCGAGCAGAAGCAGAUCUACACCCACUUCACCUGUGCCACCGACACUACCCAGAUCCGCUUCGUCAUGGCUGCCGUCAACGAUAUCAUCAUCCAAGAGAACCUCCGUCUCUGUGGUUUGAUCUAA